UAUCCGUAACCGAAUCGACUGUGUACUGCACAACACGGUGGUGUCGCGUAUUUUCGAAAUAUCACGGAUCGCGACUCAUCGUUAUCCGUGGAAAUUCGUUUUCCAAGUGUUGGUGGUCGAAGCGUUGCGCCGCGCUGCGUCUCGCGCUCCUUCACUCAAUUUGCAUCGUAUUCAAGCGCGUCAUCGGGCCACGAUAAAGUAAAACGCGAGUGGAAAUGUCAUCCGAGGUAUCGGGCGCCAAAAGGGGUACAUUAAAGAGGAUGUGCCGCGCGCCAAAAUCGUAAAACUUUUACGAGUGCCAGGCGAGAGGAGAGAGAGAGAGAGAGAGAGAGAGAGAGAGAGAGAGAGAGAGAUCGUAUGAUGAUGCCGUUUUUCUAGGAGGAUCAAACCUUCCGCCCUCGCCCUCGUUCUCAACGAUCACCAUCCACCUCGGUAUCUGGAGCUCGUCCUGAGUCUCCCUCGUUUACUCGCGCAACGAUUUCGGCGAGUAAUCGGAAAGAAAACGUCGAAGUGAACGACUUUGCGGAAAAGUUUGUACAUGGAAAUAAAUUUCGCAAUUGAAAUAUACGCACGAAAGCACUAGUUGCGAGUAUGAGGAAGGAAGAGGGCCAAUAUAUCCUCACAGUGUGAGAUCGGCGUUAAGAUCUCGCGAGUAUACACGUUAAACUAUGUAGUUACAAACUCCGCGAGAUGAAUCGCGGGUGAAGUUCCAUGAGAAGUAAAUAAUGUACGUGUAAACUUUUCCCACCAUCUUUCGCGCAUUGGGAGGGGUGAUAGUUGCGAAUAUUCCGUAGGGAUUUUUAUUACAGCGGCGCCGCCGUUAUUCAAACUAAUGAGACCGGCAGACUGGCAUUAAAAGAUAUCCAGUCGUUCGUAAUUUUAUUCGUAAAAAUUAUUAACGCCUCGAUAUUGAGUGGAUAUAACUUUGCUUUCUGUUUUAUUUAACAAACCCAAUGCACCAACUUUUAACAGCUCGCAGAAAAACUCAGAAAAUCUGCUUUUCGCAGACCAUUCAAGCUCUUCUUUUUUCCAAAACCCCUCGGAGCGGUCUAGUGUAUCCUCCACUUCAUCCAUGCAAACAUUCACGCGAAAUACUCCACGCUUCAAUGGGGAGAGAUAUUCCACGGGGAGAUGCCGUGUCCAGAUUGAUAGGACAUUCGAACAGUGAACUAUUCGCACGGUGGGACGUUCGGAGGAUGACGGCGAUUCGGACAAUGGCGGUACCGCUGUAUUAUACAGGUAAACAAUAGUCAUUGGAUACGCGGUGUGUUGCUCGUUUGCCAGACGGAACGGUGAUCGCGUUACCUUCAAGCUUGACAAUCUUUUCCUGUUGUUGCUGUGAACGAUUCCGAAAGUCUUCCGCGCUUGCUGACGCAAGAGUAUUCUUUCGAGUGGUGAUCUCAAAUAUAGUCCCGCUUGUUCUCGCCGCAAAUCGCAACAACAAGACUAAUUAACAGAUUUCCUACUUCUUAGGAAUCUCUCCUAAUAGCCCACCCACAUACACUGAACUUCCCGUUCAGGCCGUCUGACUCCAAAACAAAACAUAAUUAUGAUUCCAAAACGAAACACAGUCAUUUUAGAAUGACACAGAUUAUUCGACAAAUAAAAUUUGGUUCAUAAUAUGACAAUGUGAGUCAUAAAUCACGUAAAAUUCGUUCGGCACGGAACGCGUUAAAAAAUUUAUUCAUCAGGUAUGUAAUUUCAGUGGCGGAACCAAAAGAGCUACUCAUAGAUUCAGUAUUUAUCGGACAAAAUUGCGUUUUUAUAUAUUUAUCUCACUAUCUAAAUAAUAAAUAUCAAUUUGGAACUAAUUUCAUGAUAUUACAUUUCCAUGUUUUACUCAGUACAAUGCUACUCGAAGCAUAAAAUACCCGUUUUCUGACCUACAAUCGACCAUUAACGACGAAAACAGUGUAGUGAGUACAAUUCUUUCUUCCAUGCCGCGUUUCUUAAUAUGUAACACUUAUAACGGUAAGUUUUCUUAUCUGGAUGGUAUCAUCUUUGAUAAAAUUACAUUGGAGUAAUGGUUAUCUGUAUUGUUUCUAUCGUAAGGAUGUGCAAGAUCGCGAUAUUCAAUAUUAAAUUUCUCACGUACAACGCAGAUAAGUCGCAUGAAACUUUAACUACAAAUUUGUUGCGAUAAAUGUUAUGCAAAAUUUUUGCAUGAUUUUAAGCAUUUUGCAAAUUUUAGGUGAGUAAUUUUCUUAAACAACAAUUAGUGAGUCAACUGAUAGCGACGAAAUCGGCCCGCAAAGAGAGUAUCCUCUCCACGUGCGAGAGGAGAGAACGAAACAAUACCGCAAACGACGCUGCCGCUACACGCUUCGUUACGUUACGGAAAGUAAAAUUCCGUCCGACUCGGUGAACGAUCCUCGUGAAUAAUGUAUCGAGAAAGAAGGCUUGUUCCUCGAACGAUCCCGGCCAAGUCUCUUUAAAUUAACCGCUCGUUUUCCCUCUCUCUCUCUCUUUCUCUGCUCGAACGUUUCACGUCUGGAUUUACAUCCGGCCGGCAUUAUCGGUCCUAUGUGUGCGAUCGCUGCGAUUUAGCAUGUAAUUAGAAAGAUGUUCUUUUUUCUUUCAUCUCGGGUCAUCGUAAAUGGAUGGAAGUGCGAACCGAUAGGUUAACGGGUAGAGAAAAUACGCGUUAGGCGAGCCCCGUGAGUAAACGCAGCUGUUUUCACACGUGAGAAGAAUUAUGCUUCCCAAAAUCUGUUACGAUCGGAGCGAUAUAUUGGUAUUUGCGGUAUUUGCGGUAGCUAUUUUAAACGUCCACCUGCAUUUCAUUAACAAUAUCGAUUAUUCCAUUGCCGUUUGUUCGAGGAAGAAAAAUUUGCCUUAUUUAUAGAAUAAGCCAAUAGAUAGAUAAGCAGACAGAUGAAAAUGACAUAGAAAAAGAAAAAGCAAAUAAUGCGCUCGAGGUGGAGAAUGUUAGCUAGAAGGAGAAGGGAAGAGAAGUUUAUCGCGUAUCGAGAAUUCCCUAGAGAGAAAAUAAAGUACACAUAGCAGAAGAAAAUAUUAAAAAAAAAUAUAUAAGAAUAAAAAUGUAUUGCACGGAAUAGUUAGAACGAAAUCGACUGAAAUAUCGUGAAUGCGAGCGCAAUGAAAGAAAACACAGUGGAGUUACGCGUGCCAAGUGAGAAGGAAAAUAAAUAAAUUUGAAAAAGCAGAGGAAGCGAAUAAGCUAAAUUAUUAGCCACAGUAUAUUCGCUUCUUGAUCUCCGGAAGAUUUACGUUAGCACGUUUCCCACAUAGAGUUCUCUCGAGAAAAAUGUCGAUACUUCCUCUCCUUUCUCAGAUCGCGCGCUGCUCGCAGAUUCGCACAAUUCAACCUCGAAUCGUCGAUUGCGACCGAGUCGCUGCUUUUAACUGAAUUGUAUCUUCGUUUUUCGACUGUCGGACAAAGCGUCGUUGGGUCUUGGCUUUCAAGUCAGUGCCUCAAGCGAAAAGAAAAAGAAAGAAAUAACAGCAGAGAGAAAGAGAGUGAGGGACAGACUGUUGGCGUUUUACCGGGAAAGGUGAACGACACUGCCUGCUGCGAGGUGGAGACUUGUAUUUCGUACAACCACCGGUUUGACGUUGAAAGACCGGCGCCGCAGAUUUGUGGGUCAACCGGUAGACAAGAAGAGAGGAGGAAGGACGUUUGUUUCUGUUGUAGUCGCGACCAUGUACGAAAAAUUUAAAUCCCACACCACAGUGGGCACUGAAGUAGGGGAAAUUUUCCAGUGUCGUUCACCUUGUUUUCGAAAAUAAGGAAUCAUUAUCCUUGAAAAACGCAGAGAGAGAGAGGGAGAGAAAUAACCGCGAAAAAUUGUCCAUCUGACCGCGGAAUAUCGAAUAUAUUUAAAUGCUUGAUCGCGACUAUAUAUUUAGAGGAUUUAAAUAUGCAUAUAAUAUAUCGUGUGAUCGUUCAAACAUGGAAAAUAUUCAAAUGUACACGAGUAUUGCAGCGGCCGCUCUUUCUCACCUGCCAUUUUUUCAAUGACGACAGGGACUGUCGCGAUGCGAGCAGGGUAUAAGUGGAAAUGGCAAAAACGCCGAAAUUCUCGAGUCCUCCGACUCCGACCGCUUCUCUUUCUCGCGCCAACAUACCUCGCAGUUGCGUGGAAGAAUGCUCGCCGUCGGCCGACAGUGAAGAUCUCGCCUGUUCUUAUCUCGUACGCGAGUGUCGUUCGCACGUUGCCGAUCACGCCGGUCAAUCCCGCGUUCUCGCGCGCGCCGAAUUGAGGUGGCCAUAGCUCUUUUUCGAACCCUAUCGACCCGCCAUGUUGACUUUUAGUUCGCCCUGGCGCGACUUCCUUCAGAUGGCGGUGUUGCGAGCGCGUGAAAGUCCUCGUGAGAGGGGAGGUUCCGGUUAACGAGCUAGCCGAGCACAAUCAUCCUUCCGGCGGAGGAUAAGAGCACGUCAAAUCGCGGAGGAGGAAACCGCGAGUUGCCGUGAGCUGGCACUCUCGAGACGCACUUCGCGCAGUGAAUAUGGACUCUUCCAAGUCCGAUCCGUUCACAUAUAUUAAAAUUAAUUCCAUGGAGAAAAUAAUUAAUGAGUGUGAACAAAGCAAGCAAGCAGUCGAAAAGCAGCGAAAUGAAAAGAAACUUAACGAGAAAACUGACGAGAAAACUGACGAGAAAACUGACAAAGAAACUAACAAGAAAACUGACUUCCAUAGUUGCUGCGCGACCAUGGAAAAUUAUGUGCGUGGAUACGAUUUUCGUAUGCGUCGCAUCUAUCAUGUUAGUACGUGCGGCGUGGUUGUUUUCCGUAUAUUUUCCUUCUGGUUGCUUUACAUCGACCCCGCUUUCUUCCUCUAAACAUCAAGAUUCAUCAUUCAACAUGGGCCCUUCUUAAGAAGAUUCCUUGU